UUGCGUUACAGAUAAAAGAGGGAAUGUUGGUAAAUCAUCCUGUUUAAAAACUAAAAAAAAAAAAUGAAAAUAUUUGUACUAUGUACCUAUAUUUAAUUAUAGAUUAUAAAAAUGAUAAGUAAAUAAAGAGGUAUAUGAAAAUAACGCGUAUAACAGAAUAAUAAAAAAAUACGAGAUAAAUCGUUUAAUAUUUAAACAAAUAUGAUAUCAUAUAAUUUAUAUAAUGUGGUGUAUAAUUUAUUAAAUUAUGUAUUGUAACAGAAGGAUAACAAAUGUAUUAUUGUUAUUCAAUAAGCCGAUAACAAUAUGCAUGAUUUCAGUAAUUUGAUAAAUUAAACUUUGAAUGAAUUAUGAACCAAAAAUAAUGUAGGUAUCAUAAACCAUAAUUACUAUUACAAGGGUAUCAACAAAAUAAGGUGAAUUAACACAAAUUUAAUUUAAAAUGAAAUAGUAUUAUUUAGUGAACCCAUGCAAUAAGUUUAACUUUGAUUUUUGUUUCAUUUAUACAUAUAAUAUAUAUAUAUAUUAACUUAUAACAAUGAGAUGCUUUUGUUUAAUUUAUACUUAUUUGAGUACGAUGUUUAUACUUACGUUGCAAAGUGGAGACCCCGUUACAAUUUUUCAACCAUUGCAACGUGUAACCCAUUUCACCAAGUUUGAUUUUCAGUUUAAAAACAAAUCUAGCGGAACAAUUUACGAAUGUUCAUACAAACAAAUUGCUUCGAAGCAAAUGUUAUUUUUCCAUGCAUUAGUACAUGAAAAACUUAUUCAAAUUCAUGCAAUAUUUAGUGUUUUUAAAUGCCACGAAUCUUACGUAGAUUGUGUAAAUGUUAUAUCUUAUGAAAUUUGUGAUCUGUGCUCAAAACUACAAUUGCUAUCACAUUUUGUAAAGCUUGAAAAUUCUAAGGAAACCUUAACCGCAUGUCCAAUAGUGGGUGAAUACAACUACAAGAACAUGACGAUUGAGGCCGAUACGUUUGGGUCUAUAUUUGGUAUUCCGACUGAAAAUUGGUUCGAAUAUUAUUGGAAAAUCAAUGUUAUAGUAUUCGAUUAACAGAAAAAAGAAUUUAGUAGAUCGAAUGUCGAUCUUCACUUUAUACAGUAUAGAAGUCGAAAUCGAAAAAACCAGAAAAACAAAAUAUAACAUAUAAUAUGACAGCUGUUAUAUAUUUUCACUAAAUAUGUAUUUAUAGUAUC